AUGUACCACGAGGGGCAGGACCGAGAGCGUCGGAAGGCGCGGGAAGAGACAACGGAAUUGGCCCUGCGUAGUCAAUACCCCGUACCAGAGGGGCCAAAGAAAGAGGCGAAUGGCGGGCCCUCACUGAUCGAGUUUAGCACAGAGGCGCGGGAUGAUCCCAACGAGGGCCUCAUUUUUGGCGACAUGCCGGAGCGAUGCACCUGCAUGCAUUGCGAGCGCUCCGUGGUGACUUUCAUCGACUACGAGGCUUCCUGGGUCACCUGGCUCCUGGCGAUUGUGGUUUGGUUCAGCCUGGGGUGGAUGGCCUUCUGGGUUCUCCCACUCCUAUGGCCAGCCUUCAAGGAUGUGGUUCACCACUGUCCACGGUGCCUCAACGUCAUUGCGCGAAAGUCGCGCAUCUCUUUUCCAACCUUCCGUACCGAGGUUUGCAGCUUGAAGGUUGGCAACUGCGCUGUAGUCCUGGCUCGGAAGUACGUCAUCAUUUUCGUGGGUCUGGUGUUCACCAUUGUCGCUGUCUACCUAAUGCGUUCCUUUGUCCACGUGAACGGCGCUGCGCCGGAGGUCCACAAGGGCACGCCUUCCAUGCUGUCCUGGGAGGACUUCCUCUUCGACUGUGGCCCCAAGUCAUCAUUGAGGUCGCGCGGGAACUCCGCCAUGGUCUUUGAUGAGAAGUAUCGAAGGCGAACAUUCACCUGGCAAGGGGAGGUUCGUGUGAUUCGUGAAGGUUUCGAGGUCUUCUUCGUGCGCACGAAGAGUGUGCUAAUGGUGCGCAUGUACCCCUCUCGCUUUCCUCGUCGCGAUUUGCCAGAUGUGGCAUUGCUCUUCAGCGAAUCUCUCAAUAAAGAGAUUGCAGAGCUGACACCGGGUGACUGGGUGGAGUUCGAGGCCACCAUGACAUUGCAUGGAUACCGAGGGGAUCCAGAGCUGAUGACGCUGUGGCACAUCAAGCGCGUUGAGCCGCCGACGCCGCUGUCGAGCUCAGCUGGACGAGGAGGGCCUGGACCGGGCCGACCUGAGCUGAACAUGGCAGAGGGAAAGAGACCGGCGGAAGCAGAAGCGAUCCCGGUCGAGCCAGAGGUCAAGAAGCCUGAGCCAGAGGUGAAAGGCUCCCAGCCACAAGAGAGCCCUCAGCAGGUGGCCGAAGCCGAUCCCCAGAAGGAGACGGAAAAGGAGACGCAAGCCCCGGAGGGCGAAGCAGCGCCGGAGCAGCCAGCCGCCUCCACCUCUGCAUCGGCCUCGGACAGCUUUCGCAAACCGCCCAGCCGGAGACGCUACAGGGCAGUGAAUGAAGUGACCACCUUACGAGUGGCAGCCUUGGUGUGCGCACGACGACUUGCAAGAAUGGCAAGAGACACUCAAAGCAGCCUUCACGGAGCACGACUAACUCUUUGCACCAGCCGGGGUAAGCUGGCAACGCAGAUGGGUCCGAAGAACAUGACUCUUGCCCAGCCAGGGAAACCCUUCUUCGACUACGGCUGCCAAUAUAUCUCUGUGAGCAGCGACUGGUUUGUCGAAGAGCUGGAGCUCUGGAAGAAGCUGGGAUUCUGCCAAGUGUUGCCCCCGAACCAGGUUGGUACCAUAUCGGGAUCGCAAGGCUUCCAAGGACUUCCGGGCGACUGCUGGGUCGGGAACGGAGGCAUGGCCCCUAUGCUUCGUAACAUACAUCGGCAGACAGCUCAGGAGUUCGAAGACGUGUUGGAGCAAGUCAGUGGGUUUCCGAACGACGCUUACAAGGUGGUGGGCCUUCGCAAGGACACAAGCGGCCAGUGGGAGCUGCAGAUGCAGGGUGGCGGAACCUUAGGACCCUUCACCUACGUUGUCGGGGGCUUUGCGCAGCAUAUUUUGACAGAUCCAUUCCUCUUGAGUGGGGGAGCAGCAUGCUCGGCAAUGUUGGAAUGUCUCCGCAGAGUGGAAUCCAACCAGCUGAUCGCCAUGCAAGUCAGCUUUGAGGGCGAGCCGCUGCCAAUUCCCUUUACGGCUGCCCAUGUCUGCGAUGAUGAGGCCCUCGGCUUCAUCGGCAAUAACACCCGGAAGCCUCAGCAGAACGGAGACUGGGGAACUCCCGGCCCGCAGCAGCUCACGCUUCUUAGCACCGCUGAGUUUGCAGAGCGUGAGUUCAACUGCAAUCCGAAGGGCUACCGCCGAAAGGCAGAGGAGAAGCUCCUGGCAGCCUUAGGCCGUCUCCUGAAGCUGGACGUCUUGAAGUACAAGCCCCAAAUCAACCGGAUAAACCAUUGGGAGGAUGGCCUGCCAACCAACACUCCACCAGCUUCAAAAGGCUGCCUCUUCGAUGCGAAGGAGGGUCUCGGCUGGUGCGGUGACUUCUGUGUCGCUCCGGGCGUGGAAGGGGCUGCAAGAUCUGGUGCUGCCAUGGCUGACGUUCUGGCAUCCUUCCACGGACAGAAGGACUUUUGCGGAGAUGGCUUAUUGCCCAUGGAUGUGGACUGGGUGUCCAUCAGCACCGUUUCAGGGUUCGGCGUCGUGGAUAUUGGUGCAUUCCCUGGAGUUCCAUCUCGCUGCACACACACCGACCACGUGCCCUCCGCGAUUGGAGGCUAUGACAAGGCCAAAGCACAUUUUGGUCAUGUGGGCGCUGCAAAAGGAUACGACGGCAAGGGCAAGGACUACCAAAGCAAAGGCGGCAAAGGUAAAGGUAAAGGCGGCAAGGGUAAAGGAAGCCUUUGGAAAGGAAAGUGA